GGCAGGGGCGGACGGGGGGCGCGUCGUGCUUGCGCAGGACCAGGGAGCGGAGGGAGGCGGAGGUGCGGGGGUCCGAGUGCUCGGGUGUCCAUGUGACAGUGAGCGGGGGGCGUCCCGGGUCCCUGCGCUGCUGCGCUCUGAACGCUGCUUGCCGGCACCGUCCACCGUCCAGCGCCUGCAGGGACCGGCGGGCUCAGGACGCUGGCCGUGUCACCCCCGAACUUGGCGUGCAAGAGUGAAUUGCCGCCUUGUGCCCGAGGGACCUGGCGGACAGAGGCGGAGCGGCGAGACCGGUGGGGAUUUCGGUCGGCGCCGUCGCCUCGGAGCGCGGAGACAUGAACGGCUUCACGCCCGAGGAGAUGAGCCGCGGCGGGGACGCGGCCGCUGCGGUGGCCGCUGUGGUAGCCGCGGCAGCCGCCGCCGCCUCCUCGGCUGGAAAUGGCAACGGGGCGAGCGCUGGCCCUGAGGUGCCCAGCGCCGGCGCGGUGUCCGCGGCUGGGCCCCCGGGAGCGGCCGGCCCGGGCCCCGGACAGCUAUGCUGUCUGCGGGAGGACGGGGAGCGGUGCAGCCGGGCGGCGGGUAACGCCAGCUUCAGCAAGAGGAUCCAGAAGAGCAUCUCCCAGAAGAAGGUCAAGAUCGAACUGGAUAAGAGCGCAAGGCAUCUUUACAUUUGUGAUUAUCAUAAGAAUUUAAUUCAGAGUGUUCGGAAUAGAAGGAAGAGGAAAGGGAGUGAUGACGAUGGAGGUGACUCACCUGUUCAGGAUAUUGAUACUCCAGAGGUUGAUUUAUACCAGUUACAGGUAAAUACACUUAGGAGAUACAAAAGACACUUCAAGUUACCAACCAGACCAGGACUUAAUAAAGCACAACUUGUUGAGAUAGUUGGUUGCCACUUUAGGUCUAUUCCAGUGAAUGAGAAAGACACCUUAACAUAUUUCAUCUGCUCAGUGAAGAAUGACAAGAACAAGCCGGAACUCAAGGUUGACAGUGGUGUGCACUAGGAGAGAUGGAACUGCACCUCCACUGGGAUGUU